AUGAGCAGUGAACCCUGCCUGUCUGCCACCUGUCGUCAGAUGGUACUCAGGUGGCUGAGGAAACACCGACCAGGAAAACAGUCAGAGCUCUCCCUGCUUCCUCCUGCAGGUGCUGAGUUUGGGCUUGUGCCAUCACAUCUACCAGGCCUGUGGCCAGGCCCUCACUGGAGACAAAUCCCUCCUUCUCCCCUCACCCUUAUGGAAGGGACUUUUAAUGAAACGAGCCUGAGGCCUUCUAAACCUGCAGGAAGCCAGUACCAGCUCUACAUUGGCCUGGCUCUGGCGGUCAGUUCCAAUAUCUUCAUUGGAUCCAGCUUCAUCCUGAAGAAGAAAGGCCUCCUGAAGCUGGCUGCCAAAGGAGUUCCCCGUGCUGGACAUGGUGGAUAUUCCUACUUGAAAGAAUGGCUUUGGUGGGCUGGACUGCUUUCAAUGGGAUUGGGAGAAGCUGCAAACUCUGCUGCCUAUGCCUUUGCACCAGCAACCUUAGUUACCCCUUUGGGUGCACUGAGUGUUCUCAUAAGUGCUAUAUUGUCAUCCUACUUUCUGAAGGAGAAACUGAAUAUUCACGGCAAGUUGGGCUGUGUUCUUAGUGCUUUGGGUUCUACAGUCAUGGUUAUUCAUGCCCCAGAGGAAGAGGAGAUCACCUCACUGGAUGAGAUGGAAAUAAAACUGCAAGAUCCAGUGUUUGUUGCGUUUGCUGUUCUCCUAGUAUCUGUUGCCCUUGUGUUGAUUUUUGUUGCGGCUCCACGGAGAGGUCAAACAAAUAUACUGAUCUACGUUUUAAUUUGCUCACUCAUUGGUGCCUUCUCUGUCUCAUCUGUCAAAGGCCUGGGUAUUGCCAUUAAAGAAAUGCUGGAGUGGAAGCCAGUUUAUCGACAUCCUCUGGUUUAUGUUUUGGUGGGAAUCCUAUUGCUCUCAGUUAGCACACAGAUCAAUUAUCUCAACAAAGCACUGGACACAUUUAACACAUCUCUAGUGACACCUAUUUAUUACGUGUGUUUCACCAUGACAGUGGUGACAUGCUCAAUCAUCCUGUUCAAGGAAUGGAGUAGUAUGGACCUGGAUGACAUCCUUGGGACCCUCAGUGGAUUCUGCAGUAUAAUAAUUGGAAUUUUUCUAUUACAUGCUUUCAAAAAUAUUGAUAUCACCUGGAGUCAGUUGAUGUCCAGUGUUACAAAAGAAUCAUCAUUGCCACACUGUGAGUAUGAAACCUCUCACACUUUACUGGAAAGCAUGGAAGACCCAGCUGUGUUAUAUGGGGAAGACAAUGUUUUAUUCAGCCAAUGAAACUCUCAAGUGACAGUUCCUCAUUCCACUGUCAUGAAUUGCAGACUUACCUGUAUCUACCAGACCACUUUUGGUCACUGCUAUCCUCUGGAAAACUGCCUGUAAAGGCACACUCCUCUGUGCACCAGCUGUUAGUAAUAAUGAAUUAAAAUGUUCAAUAAUUGACAUGAGGAACAGAAACCUGGUGGUUAUAAUAUGUCAAGCAGUGAACAAGUUUGUCUAUUUUUUAUGCAACAUCUCCUAUUGGAGAAUUUUAGAAUUUUUUCCCACAUCUUGGGUUGUUCAGGGUGAUGCUUGCCAGAGAUUUAGCAAGAGAGCUGGAUUAUUAAAAAUGACUUCUGAUCAGCUGAGAUAUAUAUGCUAAGCAGAAUCUCUUCAUAAAGCAGGCUGCGUAAUGUGCAAGCAGUAGAGUAAAUGUUGACACUU